CGGUACCGCUUCGUACCACAGACUAUAGAUUUACUGAUUUACAAUAAUAUUGUCAAAUCAAAAAAAAAAUUGUGGACGGUUCGGGAUUACGCUAGUUAUUGUGGUUUUAUAAAUAAAAAGUGUAAAAAUGAAUCAAAUGAACAUGCACCCGGUUCCAACAAACCCUAACGUUGUUGGAGCCAACGCUAACGUGGGCAUGCAUAUGCCACAAGGGCCGAUAAUGCAACAACCGUCACCGCAGCAAAUGCAGCCAGGUCCUACAAUGCCUCAGCAACCUCAACAGGAUAAGAUGGACAAUAUUUCCAAAGUGAAAACCCUUAUGGGCUCCUUGAGAGAAUCUAUACCCAUGACUCUGAAGUCAGCAGCGCAGGUUCUCCACCAGAAUCACAAUUCUGACUCCAAUUCGCAAAUUGGAGUCCAAGAUCUAUUUUGGGGCACCGAACUAGGAAACUUGGACAACGCAGUGCCAAGAUUUGACAAGCAUUUUGAAGAAUUCUUCUCAUUGUGUGACCAGAUGGAACUACACUUGCGCACCGCAAUCACCUGUAUCCAACAAGCGCAAUCCGCAGCCCACUACUUGCCGCUGACUGUGAUACCUUCCAGGUUGGACUCCACUAAUACCCAGGAAACGACGCUGAGCUACCCGCAGUACUUGAACACGGUCCGUCUACAGAUCUCGUACGCGAAAGACAUACACGACACCCUCAUCGCUGCCGCGCAGAAUAUCUCGCCGACAGAAUGACGAGAGGAGCUUCCGUAGCAUACGGAGUUAAACGCUUAUAGAACAGCGUGAAUUAAUUUAAAAUAUACGCUACUUUGCUACGCAGUGACGUGAUUUAAUCAGGACUCUUAUUAAUAAUUAAUUUCGCUUGUAAAUAGUUUUCACUCCAUAGACGGACUCCAAUGCAUACUUUCUUUACAUAACUAUGUCUAAGAGACAUUGGCCUACCAACAAGUUAAUCCUAAAAACCUUUAUUUUAUGCAACUUUAAAAAACAAGUAUCUUCUGCAUUUAU